UGUGUGUAUGUGUGUUGAGCAGCUCCACCAGUUACAGUAUCGCUGCUCAAGCCAGCUGCUGUGAAUCCUUUGCUGACAUGGAUACUACCCCUUGCGUCCAGCGCUUGUGAAGUUGCCUUGUUGGGCGAGUCGAGAGAAGGGAAACUCACCGGACCGAUGACUAUCUGGAUGGAUAACCUCGUGUAAGAGCAAUUGUUCAGCCAUGUCCAAAAGCCUGAAGAAGAAGAACCACUGGACUAACAGAGUCCACGAGAUUGUGUUAGGCAGGGAUUUGGAGGGAGAGCUCGGGUUCGAGUUGAAGGGGGGCGCCGAAAAUGCACUGUUCCCUUACAUUGGAGAGGUGCGACUGGGCAAGGCGGUCAAUCAGAGCGGCAAACUUUGUCAAGACGAACUACUCUUGGAGGUCAAUGACACGCCGGUGGCCGGAUUAACCAUCAGAGAUGUGCUCGCCGUGGUCAGACAUUCCAAAGACCCCGUCCGUCUCAAGUGUGUCAAACAAGGGGGUGUCGUCGAUAAGGACCUCCGCCGCUACCUCAGCCUGCGUUUCCAGAAAGGCUCGUUGGACCACGAGCUGCAGCAGAUCAUCCGGGACAACCUCUACCUCCGCACUGUGCCCUGCACGACCAGGCAACCCAAGGAAGGAGAGGUCCCAGGGGUGGACUACAACUUUGUGUCUGUGGAGCGGUUCAUGGAACUAGAGAAAAGCGGAGCCCUGUUAGAGAGUGGAACUUAUGAGGAUAACUACUACGGGACGCCCAAGCCCCCGUGCGAGCCCACGCCGCUGCUGCUCGAUGUAAGCGACCGCCUGUUACCGGGCGCCAGACCCAGCUCCCAGGGCAAGCGGAGACGCAACAAGUCCGUCAGCAACAUGGAGAAAGCCGGCAUCGACCCGCCCGAGGAGGAGGAGGAGGAGAGGCCCGUCGUCAACGGCAACGGCGUAGCUCUCACCCCAGAGUCCAGUGAGCACGAGGACAAAAGCACAGACGCCUCCGGCGACAUGCCCCCCCAGUCGACUCUGAGCGACACCCCGGCCGCCGACCCCCCCAAGGAGGAGGAGGAGGAGGAGGAGGACGUGGCCCUCCCACCACCGCCGGCCCCGGGCCCCGCCAAGCCCGACGAGAACGAUGAACUGGGGCCGCUCCCCGACAACUGGGAGAUGGCCUACACCGAGAAGGGAGAGGUCUACUUCAUUGAUCACAACACGAAGACCACAUCAUGGCUGGACCCGCGACUGGCCAAGAAGGCGAAACGGCCGGAAGAGUGCCGAGAGGAUGAGCUGCCCUAUGGCUGGGAGAAGAUCGACGACCCUAUCUACGGCAGCUACUAUGUGGACCACAUAAACAGGCGGACCCAGUUUGAGAACCCCGUCACAGAGGCCAAGAGGAGAGUCCAGCAGCAGAUGCAGGGCCCGGGCCUGUCCUCAAUGCCCCUUCCCUCCGUCUACAGAGAGAAGCCGGCGUUCACGCGGGACGCCACCCAGCUGAAGGGCAGCUUCCUGUCCACCGCGCUGCAGAAGAGCACCAUGGGCUUCGGCUUCACCAUCAUCGGCGGCGACGAGCCCGACGAGUUCCUGCAGGUCAAGAGCGUCAUACCGGACGGACCGGCCGCACAGGACGCCAAGAUGGCCACUGGCGACGUCAUCGUUUACAUCAACGACGUGUGCGUGCUGGGCACCACCCACGCGGACGUGGUCAAGCUGUUCCAGUCGGUGCCCAUCGGGCAGAGCGUGACGCUGGUGCUGUGUCGCGGCUACCCGCUGCCCUACGACCCCGAGGACGGCGCCGCCUCCUCGUCCUCCGCGGGCACCUCGGCCGGCGCCGGCCUGGUGUCGCCCGCCGGCAACCCGCUGCUGGUGAACGGGCGCGGCGCCUACGACGGCUACAUGGAGUACCUCUCGCGGACGGCCCGGCUGGUCCAGGGCGACCAGGGCCAGCUCGCGGCCGCCGCCCACCUCGGGGGGCCUCUCCUCCCGCCGCCGCCGAUGCCGAUGACCGGUCACCCGCCCGGGGGGGACACGCACCUGGACGGCUCGGGGCUCCCGCCGCACGAGGACAGCGUCUCCAUGGCGUCGUCGGGAGGAGCGCCGGCCGUGCUGCUGACCGUCGCCAUGGUCAAGGGGCCCGACGGCUUCGGCUUCACCAUCGCCGACGGCGCCGACGGGCAGCGGGUCAAGCAGGUGCUGGAGCCCCAGGGCUGCCCGGGCCUGUGCGAGGGCGACCUCAUCGCCGAGAUCAACCGGCAGCCCGUGCUGGGCCUCAACCACACGCAGGUGGUGGACAUGCUCAAGGAGUGUCCGGUCGGGGCCGAGGCCACGCUCAUGGUCCAGCGCGGAGGGACAGGUCAGUUUUCCCCCUGGAAGACCCCCAAACAGGUCCUGGAGCAGUGGGAGGCGCAGCAGGCCCACGGCAGCCCCCAGACCAGCCUGCCGGCCUCCACCUCGGCCUCCGUCUCCGUCUCCGCCGCGCCCCCCCUGAGCCCCCCCUCCUUCCCCUCCAACCCCCUCCUGCAGCACCGGGCGCCCGCGCUCACCCACGCGCCCCCGCCCGACCCCACGGGGGCCUGUGACCCCUACGAGCUCAUCAGGCCCGACCCCUAUGACCUGUACGAGAAGUCGCGGGCCAUCUAUGAGAGUAGGCAGCCAGGGCCCCCAUGGACCGCCUACUCUGCGGAACCUUCCGGAGCAGAGUUUCAGGAAGUGGAGGUGCACUUGCGCCGGCAGAAGUCCGGCUUCGGCUUCCGGAUCCUGGGCGGAGACGAGGCAGGACAGCCUAUCCUGAUCGGGGCCAUCAUCGAGAAGAGCCCCGCUGACCAGGACGGCCGGCUGCGGCCGGGGGACGAGCUGGUGUCGGUGGACGGCAUCUGCGUGGCGGGCAAGCCGCACCGCUACGUCAUCGACCUCAUGCACGGGGCCGCCCGCAACGGCCAGGUCAGCCUCACCGUCCGGCGGAGGAAGCCAGGCCCAGGAGAACCCUGUUUGGAGAACGGCCGUAGCCCCGGUUCCGUCUCCACCCAGCACAGCUCGCCGCGGAGUGACUUCACUUCCGGAACGUUCCCCAGCAGCGUGGGCACGGUGCCGCCUCACGGUUCCGGCGGGCCGGCCUCCUCCGGCGUCCCUCCUCCGGCCGGUUCCGUUGGGGCCCCCGGCGGCGGUUCUGGGUCCGGGCAGCAGGACCCGGGCCUGGCCACGGUACCGCCCAACGCCCAGCCCAGCGACGUGGUCAUCCACCGCAAGGAGACGGAGGGCUUCGGCUUCGUCAUCAUCAGCUCGCUCAACCGGCCCGAGAACACGGCUGCCAUCACCGUGCCACACAAGAUCGGGCGCAUUAUCGAGGGCAGCCCGGCGGACCGCUGCGGCAAGCUGAAGGUGGGCGACCGCAUCCUGGCGGUCAACAGCCAGUCCAUCGUCAGCAUGCCGCACGCCGACAUCGUCAAGCUCAUCAAGGACGCCGGCCUGAGCGUCACGCUGCGCAUCAUCCCGCAGGAGGAGCUAAGCACCCCUCCGUCGGCGGCCAACUCGGAGAAGCAGAGCCCCAUGAACCAGCAGAGCAGUCCCCAGAUCCAGGCCCCGCAGACGGGCCUCCAGCCAGGCGCGCCCCCCCAGCCCAACCCCUCCACCCAGCAGCAGCAGCAGCAGCAGGCCCCCCAGCCGCCCCCCACCCAGGCCCCGGUACCGGCUCCGCCCGUGCAGAUCUACCACGAGAGCAGUUACAGAUCUGAGGUGAAGGCUCGACAGGACGUGAAGCCGGACAUCCGGCAGCCUCCGUUCACGGACUACCGCCAGCCGCCCGUGGACUACCGGCACCCUCCCGUCGCCGACUACCGGCAGCCGCCCACGCUGGACUACCGGCAGCCGCCGCUCAUGGACUACCGGCAGUUAGACCCGCGGCAGUUUGUCAUCCCCGACUACCGGCAGCCGCAGGACUUUGACUUCUUCACGGUGGAGCUGGAGAAGAGCGCUAAAGGCUUCGGGUUCAGCAUCCGCGGCGGCCGCGAGUACAAGAUGGACCUGUUCGUGCUGAGGCUAGCUGAGGACGGCCCUGCCCUGCGCAACGGGAGGAUGAGGGUUGGAGACCAGAUCAUCGAGAUAAACGGGGAGACCACCAGGGACAUGACCCACGGCCGCGCCAUCGAGCUCAUCAAGUCGGGAGGGCGACGCGUGCGCCUCCUGCUCAAGAGAGGCACAGGCCAGGUGCCGGAAUAUGACAAUCCCGCCCCCUGGGAUGCUCACCCUACCGCCUCCCCAAGUCUGUCGGAAGUAGCGGCGCCGAGCCCGGACAGCUCUGCCCGGUCCGACCCCCCGCCUCUCACCUCUCACCUGGGCCCCCCGCCGCCGCCGACCCCGGACCCCCCCCUCCUGCUGCCGUCGCCCCUGGAGACGAUGGUGGCAGCAGCGGUGGCGGCGGCCGAGCGCUCGCAGAGCCCCUGGGGGGCCGAGACGGGGGCGACGGACCCGGCGGCCGGCGUACCGGGACAGAGGCUGACCCAGGGAGGCGGAGCGGCAGGGAGGGGCGGCCAGCAGGAGGCCCUGGGCGUUGGCGUCGGCAUCGUCGGGGAGCACGCGGAGCCCAAGGCGUCCAAGAGCAGCCGGGCGCGGUCGAAGGAGCGCAGGGACGGCCGCGGCUCUAGCUCCAGCGCUGGCGGUGUUAGCGGCGUUAGCGGUGGCACCUCGGGCAGGAAGAGAGGCGACUCGGCCCGCUCGCCCUCCAGGGGCUCCAGGCCCUGCCACACGGACUCCAGCCUGAACGGAGGCGCCCCGGGCACGGGCACCGCCGCCGCCGCCGUACCCCUCAACGCCCCCCCCUCCGGCGGCAACAACAACGGCCCCGACACCCCCGCCACCAGCCAGCAGAGGGCGCUGGAGCACAAGGCCCAGCUGCGGGAGCUGGAGCGCGGAGGGAAGGAGAGCCGCGGUGGGGGGAGCGUUGGAGGUCACCACCCCACCAAGAGCUCCGGCACGUCGGGCCGCAAGGCCACCGUCUCCCCCGGGCCCUGGAAGAUCCCCGGCUCGGAUAAGCUGCCCAGCACCCUGCGCUCUGGGUCCUCCACUGUGAGCAGAUAACACCCCUGUACACACACACACACACACACACACACACACACGCGCACACACAUACACACACACACACACACACACAUGUACGCACACACAUAUAUACACACACUCACACAUACACACAUACAUACACACAUAUAGACAUAUACACACUCACACAUACACGCACACACACACACACACACACACACACACACACACACACACACACACGCUCUCACUCACUCAACAUCACGACCCAGGGCCGCAUGGUUUUCACCCUUGCCGUGGCCCGUUGGCUGAGAUCGGUCGUCCCAGACCUCCACAAGCUCCCUCACAACUCCUCCUGCCGCACCCCAGCCCUGACCAGGGAGGAGGGGGCGGACAUGUUCAUGCACCUCUGGGGAGGACCAUUUUGUUGUUGUCGUUGUUGCAUUAUUGUUAUUAUUAUUAUUAUUAUUAUUAUUGAUAUUAUUAUUUAUACUUUAUUUUGAUUUAUUUUACAAAAUAUUACACCCACCACCUUAAGAACUGGAAGCAUUCACUUAAAAGAAAAGAGAAACAAAAAAAAGAGACAACAUUGAAAGAUGGAAAUAACUCAAAACCGGGGCGUGGGGGGGGGAAGAAUGUGUGUGGCAUGAUAUGGAUUAUUUGGUCCACGAAGAGACUGUUCUGAACAGCAGCAUGUAAAGACGGUUUCAAAUGGGGACCCUCUUGCAUUCGAAACCACUGACUUCAAAGACCAUUACGGACAUGGUUAUUGUGUAUUCUUUUUUACAUAUAUAGAACAACUGAGUCUAUUUUAUGAAAAUGGAGAAAGAAUGUUGUUUGCCUGUCCUUAGCUUUUGUGCAUUUCAAAGAGAGAGUGGAAAUAUAUAGAAAAAAAGAUAUUAUACACCCAAAUAUAUAGUAUAACAAAAAAAGAUAUACAUCAGUGAAACUCUGCCUUAAAGAAGACUGUAUGAACUGAAGAUAUCUCUAAUAAAUGACCACUGUUAUGUUAUAGAAUAUAGAUAUAAACCUAUAUUAUGAAUUUAAAUAUGUGGGACAUAUGUGUACAUACUGUCAUGUUGAAGACGAGAGAAACUAACUGCCGGGUUGGUGUGGUCGUCACGAGUGUGCCGCGUUGCGAGAGCAGACGAGGAAAGAACGAAGAAUCUCCUAUUUCUCUUUCUGACACGGUGACCUCGUGACGUUGUUGGAGGGCGGACAUCGUUUUUUGAGCAAGGUCACCACCACGUGAAGGCCUCACCCGGCGCGCCGUAUUCCCUUUACUGGACUUCGUGAAACACACAAAGCAAUCUGGACCACGGCAGAGGCCGAGAGGAUCACCAGGACGGCAAGAUGGAGGGGGGCGGAGUGCCUUACCAGGUGGGAGAGACAGGUGCUCACGGUAUUCACCGAGAGCAAAGCAAAAUGGCUGAAGAGAAACUUGAAACUGAACAAGUAAACACACACACACAGACGCACUCACAGGCUGCUCCCUGUUCUUCAUAUACCGUCGACGUUGUCAGUAUCCGUGUCCAAAGCAGUGACAUCCUGCAGUGAUGUCGUACUGGUCAUACACCCCCCACCACCCCUUUAAAUGUCCCAUUCUGGACACUGUCUGCACCUCCUCCGGUGUUGUUUAAUCCCACGGCGCCCUUCAUUUUAUGAUAAAAACAUUUCAAAGUGAAGGGCCUUCAGUGACUUGUACGACAUCCAUUCAUAUUUAUUGUUGUUUUUACUUAGAAUUCAUCGGCUGAACAGCCAAUGUUGUAGCACGACAAGGGACCAUUAAACAGCGAAUUUAAAAAAAAAAAGUAUGACUAUCAAGGGAUGUGUUAUGCAUUGCAAAGUAGCAGUCUCUCUUCGAAAGGGAUGUUGCUCCAUAGGCCAAGACUAUUUAGUUUGCAAGGCACUGUUUUGAAUCCGAGCAAAUAAGUUGCAGCGAUGUGUGAAGGUGACAGAGACAAUUGAUCUGGUUCCCAAAAGGAUUUGCAAGAAUGGUCUUAAGACACCUGUUUAGUGUAACGGUCUUCAGAGUUUGUUGACAGUGCCAGUGCAGUGCUGUUAGUCGUAACGCCACUGACAGGAUUUUUUUUUGUUUCUUUGUUUGUUCGUUUUUCAUCUGGAGUCCCAAUUACGUUUAAUGGUAUCAAAGAAUUGGCAAAGAAGUCGCCGUCUCUAUCAGUUACAAUGUCAGUUCUAAUGUCAUCUCAUACUCCCAUGUCGUCAUAGUGAAAUGUCACUAAGCCAUUCAGAUGUUGUUUUGUGAGCAUUACACAUGAAAAUGGCCUGGCCAUUAGAGAGUAGUACAGACAUCACUGGCUGGAUACAGAGAGGGAAUAGUCGGAGGCUGGUGUGGAAAGGAGAUCUCUGUGCUUUGUUGUCACGGUCUAUUGAGAGAAGGGUAUUUUUCUCAUUUCACCGGAGAGCAAGGCAAAUAGGGAAAUUAAAGUCAAGGCUAGUCUCUGAGAAUUGAAUCACACGGCUGAACAAAUUUCACUAGUUAACUACACCAACGUUGUGUAAAGGUCCCCUUUUCUAACAAAUGAAACGUCAAAAGCACAAAGUUAUAUUUGAGACAUCUUAUUAGGCCUGAAACAUUAGAAUGUGGACCAUUUAAAACUGAUUUUCUGUCCCAAAUAAUCCUUAUUCUGACUACAGUCCUUCCUCACUUCCACAGUAUUUGCCCCCUGAAGCACUUACCUUUAAGUUUCCAGGUAACAAGAAAAAUCUCGCUCAAAUCUUUUUUUUAUUUUUUUUUAUUUUUUUUAAUUUCAGAUAAGAAGAAAAAAGAUAUCUCCACUGUGUCCUUUCCCCCAAAAAGCAGCAUAUUAGAACUGACUAAGAGGAGAUUAUUGGAUGAGACAAAUAUGGCUUCAGUCUAUAGCGACCCUGUUUCAGACAGCACCUGGUUCCUAUGGCUCUUCACUUUCCACCCAGCUCGGUAUCACUGUGUAGAGUUAGUGGUCUAUUUACCCUGUACAGCUGUACCUCUCUAUAAAUAUGAUUCCAUGUAUUAUUGAUAGUCACAAAGACUCUAAGUGAGCAACUAUUUUUAUGAAAUGCAACACUAUGGAUAUAUUAACUUUUGCAGAAAUCUUGUUUACUGUAUGAUAUUCUGGAAUACUGUCCAAAUAAAAUCUUGACACAGU